CUUGAGUUAACACACAGCGACCUCAAUGCCCUCGUGUUUGACUACCUUGUCGUCGAAGGGUUCUCUGACGCCGCGGUGGAAUUUGCGCGCGAGACGGGUAUCUCCUCAACCAUCGAUCAGGACAUGAUCCAGGAGCGGAUGGAAAUACGCCAAGCAGUUGAGGACGGUCGCGUUGAGGAGGCCGUCCGCCGCGUUAAUGAGCUGGACCCAGAGAUUCUCGACACAAAUCCACCUCUGCUCUUUCACCUUUUUCUCCUUCGCCUUAUCGAGCUCAUCCGGACGGACCGGGUCGAGGAGGCUCUCCAGUUUGCCACCCUUGAGCUCGCUCCCCGUGGUGCUCAAAAUCCGGAGUUUCUCGCCGAUCUCGAACGCACUAUGGCACUCCUCGCCUUCCCCGACCUCGCCAAAGACGACGCCUCUGCUGAUGCGUCCUUUGAGGCCAUCACUCAGCUCAUGAAGCGCACACAGCGUGCCAAGGUUGCCAAAGAGCUCAACGCCGCAAUCCUUGAGAGUCAAGGCCAGGGAAUGGAGACAAAGGUGGCAGGACUUCUCCGCCUGAUGAAAUGGGGGGAAGACCGCCUAGAGAAGAACAACUUCCGCGUGCAGGAUGAUCGUGGACGACAGUGGGCUGACGUUGUACUCCGCGAAGUGUAG